AUGAGGAAAUCUUUGGUUAUAGCCUUUUUCGUAACCAUAUGCUUCAUUGCUUUUGUCAUAUCCAAGAUUGUUAUCUCAAUCCUCCUCUAUAAAAGAUGGAAAAGGAAACAUGUCAUUUAUGAAGGCUAUACAGGAGGUAAGAUGGUGAUAUUUAGGUCUUCAAUUCUUAAAUCUUUAACAACUGAGAUGGUGUUAAAGAAGACACAGAAACUGAACAACAAGGACAUUAUUGGUUCUGGUGGUUAUGGUGUAGUUUACGAACUAAAACUGAACGAUUCUGCGGCCUUUGCUGUGAAAAGAAUGAACCGCGGAACUGCAGAGAGAGAUAAAGGUUUUGAAAGAGAGUUACAAGCAAUGGCAGACAUAAAACACCGCAAUGUUGUGACUCUUCAUGGAUAUUAUACUGCGCCACAUUACAAUCUUCUCAUAUAUGAGUUAAUGCCUAAUGGAAGUUUGGAUUCCUUUUUGCAUGGGAGAUCGGCGAACAAGAAGGUUUUGGAUUGGAAAACAAGACACGGAAUAGCUUUAGGUGCAGCUAGAGGAAUAUCAUAUCUUCACCAUGAUUGUAUCCCUCACAUUAUCCACAGAGAUAUCAAGUCAAGUAAUAUAUUGCUGGAUCAAAAUAUGGAAGCUCGAGUUUCGGAUUUCGGGUUAGCCACGCUAAUGGAACCAAACAAAACUCAUGUUUCAACAAUUGUUGCUGGAACUUUCGGAUACUUGGCUCCAGAAUAUUUUGAUACAGGAAGAGCAACAGUCAAAGGGGAUGUUUACAGUUUCGGAGUUGUGUUGUUGGAGCUUUUAACCGGAAAGAAACCUAGUGAUGAAGCAUUUAUGGAAGAGGGAACAAAACUCGUGACAUGGGUGAAAGCUGUUGUUCAAGAGAAGAAAGAGGAAUUAGUUCUUGAUAGUAGCUUAGGUUCAUGUUGUCCAAUGCAUGAGGUCAACAAGGUGUUCAACAUUGCAAUGAUGUGUCUUGAACCAGAUCCUCUGGACAGGCCAACUAUGGCUGAAAUCGUCAACUUGCUCGAGAAAACCGAAACAGGUUCCUGA